AAUGGCACAACCAGCUCCGCUUGGGCAAUGAGCAAACGACACAAUCCAUUCCGUGUUGACAAUCAAAGCUACAAAAGACCCAAACAAGAAGAGACAAUAGCCACUACUACAAGACCACAAAGAAGAAACAACAACAACCUGACCAACAUGGCGCUCUCUAUUCCUCCCGAACUGAAGAAGAUCAGUCCUUAUAUUCGCCGUGCGGAAGAACUGGAUAAAGACACGGGCGUGGCGGAAUCCCGCUUGGUGGCGUAUUACUGUCGUCAAUAUGCGGUUCAUCUGGGCAUUCCGUUGGCAUCGGCAUCUCCCGCUGCCAAGACGUGUCUGGGUGUCUUGUUGGGCACGCUAGAGACGGAGAAACCGGCCAUGGACAAUUUUACGCGCGACGAAGCCAAAUUUUUGUGUCAAUCGUUUGCCGAGCGCGUGUUCAACAAGGCCGACGAGGAAGACCGUCAAGGAGUGGCCAACAAGGGAACGGCCAAGACAUUUUACGCCGCGGCGUCAUUUUUGCAAAUUUUGGAUCAAUUUCUAGAAGAAGGAGAUCCCGAAGCGGACGAAAUCAAGAAGAAAGUUGUUUAUAGCAAAUGGAAAUCCACCGAAAUUCUAAAAGCCAUUAAGGAAGGACGAACUCCCACGCCGGGAGGAUACGAAGUGGAAGAAGAAGAAAAGGAGGAAAAAGACGAAGAGGCGACAAACACACCGGCCGAUGAACCAGGACCCAUUCCAAAAGUCGAAACCGUUCAGGACGAUGACGACGAUGCUCUCCCUCUUCCUCCACCACCACCAAUGCCUCCAACGGCACCCAUGGAACCACCCACAGCCGACGACGAGGAAGCAGAAGAAGAAGCCGAAGAGGGCACGGAAAUCGCAUUGGAGCCACCUCCAGUCUAUCCCGGAGAAUCCACUACGGAAAGCAGUACUUCUUUCGUCGUGGCUCCUCCACCAUCCCCUUCUCCUCCUCCACCACCGGCACAACCUUCGCCACCUCGUGCCGUGGCUCCACCACCAGCACCACCCAAGAAAUCGGGAGGAAUUUUCGGAUUUGGAUCCAAGAAAAAUAAAAACAAUGGAAAGGCCUCCAAGGCACAAAUCACCGAUGCCAUGGAACUCACCAAAUUUGCUCUCGCGGCUCUGGAAGAAAAGGAUGCCGAUUUGGCAGCAACGCGUCUACAACAGGCUCUGGAAACGUUGGGGCGCUAGAAGGAAAAAGUGAAGGGCGUUAUGCCAAUGCAACGCAAUCUGCGCUUAGUAUGAUGUUAUUUUAUAGUAGCUGCUCUUUUUUGUACACAUGCAGCAAUCAUCUACUGUAUCUGGUCAAUUUUAAGAUUAGGCCCUUAUUUGUUUCUCGUUGGCAAAAC